AUGUAUCGUUUCUCUGCAGCUGCAACGGCCAUAUAUUUCUUACAGUCAAUACCGCACUCUCUUCGUACACAUCUACGCCAAAUCAUUCUGAACGAAGAUUACGAGGCCAUUCUUUACCCACAAGAGCACGCCAGAGGCUUAAUUCCGUUCUGCCAACAAUAUCCGAUCCAAGUUGAGCGUCGUGUCAAUCUCUGGAACGUGGUCUUUCAGGAAGAUAUGUUCUAUGAGCACCCUGAUGAGCGAUGUUGGCACAACCAAAUUGCAACAAGACGGACUCCUUGUGUAAUGAAUUCGGACCAGAUAACGGCGAACGUAGCCACGUGGAUCACAGAGGCUCUUGCGCUCGAACAAGAGGGCAUGCCACCAGGAUCAUUCUCACUCCUUCUCGACGGCGAACCGUGCCCUGAUUUAUGCUCACAAAUUUUCGAGUCAAUUGUGCAGCGAGAUGCUGCUUGGCAGCAAGCUUGGACAAAAGCUAUUGAGCGAGGCAUACUCGGCCAUUUUACAUGGUUCGAGAGAAAGGAUCGACCGGGCUACUGGGGUUAUAUAUUCGAACGGUUUCCACAAUCAUUGAUAGAUAUUGCGAGAGCAACAUCUGUUGUGCAUUGCAAUUUCGACAUAGGUGGAUCUUGGGAUGUGGAGUCUAUCGUUUGGAAGCACGUAGGAUGGAGCAGACACAAAUGGGAAAGCGAGUGGUUAAAUCACACACCGCAGUCUUGGGGACCUGAGCCGCCGUUGCCGCAUUGGCGAAUGCUUCUGGAAGACAAUCUCUGGUAA